UCAGUCACAGUGUGAUAUAAAUACUGUCUAGCAGUUGUUAGCGCAAAGCCUGUAGCCCUUGUCGAAAUUAUUGUCAAUGUCUUUUUUCCCCGGUGGUAAACAAUAGCUGAGCUUCCCGUGGAACACGGAAUUGACGUGUGGGCUCACGUCACUGCAUUUGGUGCGGCUGUGGUAAGGCGCUUCACCUAACUGCGAAAGGAUGCUGCGCUUGUGAUUGUGCCUUUAGACAUUAGCAAUUUCCAUCUGUAGCCGAGGUGGUCAUGGAAGACAUACUGCGAAAGCUACACAAGGAAGCCUCUGGACACAAGUACAAAGCCAUCCGGGAUGCCUGCACUCUUGCUAGCGAAACACUGGACGCUCAGAAUGGCUCGGCCAAGAUCCUGCCCUCCAUGCUCAGAGACAGAUGUCUGUUACCUCUUCGACUGGCACUGGAGUCCAGGAGCACCAAGCUGGCUCAGACGGCUCUCACUGGCAUUCAGAUCCUUUGUGAGGACCGUUUUGUUGCCGCGGACACCGAGAUCCCUGAGAAGCAGCUGCUGAACCAGGUGUUGGAUGCCGUCAAGGUGACGCCUAUGCUUCACGAGGACCUGCAGGUGGAAGUCAUGAAGGUCCUGCUCUGCAUCACCUACUCAAACACCUUCGAGAUCAAAGGCAACUCCAUCCUCAAGAUCGCUGAGGUGUGCAUAGAGACGUACAUGUCCAGCUGUCACCAGCGGAGCAUCAACACGGCCAUCAGGGCCACCCUCAGCCAGAUCCUGGGGGACCUCGCACUGCAGCUACGACACCGACAAGAAGGAGUGGGAGUGGAUGGGGAGGACCUACCAGCACAGCUGUCCCAGCGCAGAGAUCUCUCGCCAUCUACCGAAGCACUGUACGAGGAUGUAGUCACCGUACUCACUGUCUUCUGCGAGAAGCUGGAAGGGGUUGACAAUGAGAACCAGCUGCUCCAGCUGCUGUAUCUGGAGUGCAUCCUGUCCAUGCUCAGCAGCUGCCCCCCCACCAUGCACCUCAACAGAGGCUUCAUGGACCUCGUCUGGAAGCAGCUGUGUCCCACUCUGGUGGUGAUCAUGGGGAACCCCGUCAAUGACAAAACCAUAACGUCCGCCCAUGGAGGAGGAGGAGGUGUAGGUGGAGGAGGCAGCGGUGGAGGAGGAGGAGGAGCAGGAGCACAGGAGUCGGACGUAGCGGCAUCGGGUGGCUCAGGUGUUAGUGACCAGGGUCGCGGAUCGGGCUGCUCCUCCAGUGCCCCGGCCAUGAUCGGGCCGGUGGUGCGCACCAUCUGCUACGUGGCGGCCGAGCUGGUGCGGCUGGUGGGCUGUGUGGAGUCCAUGAAGCCUGUGCUGCAGUCCCUCUACCACCGCAUCCUGCUCUACCCACCCCCGCAGCACCGCGUCGAAGCCAUCAAGAUCAUGAAGGAGAUCUUGGGCAGCCCUCAGCGCCUGUUUGACCUGGCUGGCCCAUGUGUCAUUGAACCAGAUUCCAGGAAGCGCUCCUUCUCCAAGAGGAAAUCUCAUCUGGACCUCCUCAAACUAGUAAUGGAUGGCAUGACGGAGGCGUGCAUGAAGGGAGGCAUCGAGGCGUGCUACUCCUCCGUGUCGUGCGCCUGUGCCCUGCUGGGGGCGCUAGAUGACCUGAGCCAGGGCCGCGGGCUCCAGGCAGAGCAGGCCCGCCUCCUGCUACGACGCCUGGACGAGCUGAAGGACGGCACAGAGUCCGCGCGGGAAUCCAUGGAGAUCAACGAAGCCGACUUCCGCUGGCAACGACGCAUCCUGUCGGCCGAGCACGCUGCCGUCUGGGAACUCACCACUUCACACAGCGAGCGCAGCCCGGACAUCAGCAUCAGCGUCACCACGGAGACGGGCCAGACCACGCUGGAGGGGGAGCUGGGCCAGACCACCCCGGAGGAGGAGGAGGAGUGUGGCGGAGGAGGGGAGGAGCCGCGACUAGCAUCCCCGGCCUCCUGUGGCACCGCCGCCGACUCCGAGAUGCUCCCGUGCGGCGUGCGCGAGCCCGGACAGGGCCCACUGGCCACCGAGCCUCCCGACGUGGUCCAGCGCAGCCACGCGCUCGUCUACCCCGAUAUCACCAACUUCCUGUCAGUGGAGUCCCGCGCACGCCCUCAUGCCAGCGGCGGGUGUGGUGGGUCACGAUACAGCGAGAGCAACUUCAGUGUGGAUGAACAGGACCUGUCACGCACCGAGUUCGACUCGUGCGACCAGUACUCCAUGGCGGCCGAGAAGGACUCGGGACGGUCCGACGUGUCGGACAUGGGCUCAGACACGGGCUCGCUGGCCGACGAGGACCAGCAGACGACGACCACGCCACGCGACUGCCCCGGCCACCACCGCUCCCUGCGCACGGCGGCGCUCUCCCUCAAGCUGCUCAAGAACCAGGAGGCCGACCAGCAGAGCGCGCGCAUCCUGGUGCAGUCGCUGGCCGCCCUGCUGCCCCGCCUCCUGGCCCUGCAGAGCGUGGCCGAGGUGGACGCCUCCUUGCAGAACUUCUCCUCCACCUUCUGCUCUGGACUACAAGCAGGGGGUAUGCACUCUCCAGCCCUGGAGGCCAGUGAGAACCUGAGCUGCCAGGCCUUGAUGAACGCAGACGGCCUCUACCUGGUGUCCUACUAUGCCCUGCUGCUCAACCUCAAACUCUCCUGCAGUGACUACUACCGCAAGAAACCCAUGCCUGCUUUCAUCACGCUGAAAGAGUUUGUGCGUCAGAUCCAGAGCAGUGGGGUUCUGGUGGUGCUGUCCCAGGCCUGGAUCGAGGAGCUCUACCACCAGGUGCUGGAGCACAACCUGCUGGGGGAGGCAGGCUACUGGGGCUCCCCUGAGGAGCACUCCCUGCCCCUCAUCACCAUGCUCACAGACAUCGAUGGCUUGGGCAGCAGUGCCAUAGGGGGUCAGUUGAUUCGGAAGGCCUCCACACAGUCCCCCUUUCUCUGUGAUAAGAGCGGUAGUGACACCAUGAUGGCAGGCAUGGUGUUUGCUCGCUACAUCCUGACGGGCGUCUGGAAGAACCUGAUGGACUGCCUGUCGGCGCCGCUGACAGGCCGCAUGGUGGGCAGCUCCAAGGGCCUGGCGUUUAUCCUGGGGGCCGAGGGUGUCAAGGAGCAGAGCCAGCGCGAACGCGACGCCAUCUGCCUCAGCCUGGACGGCCUGCGCAAGGCCGCCGCCCUCAGCUGCGCACUGGGUGUUGCUGCCAACUGUGCCUCAGCCCUGGCCCAGAUGGCUGUAGCCUCCUGCGUUCAGGAAGAGAAGGAGGAGAGGGAGCCAGCAGAGAUGGGGGAUACCAUUUCCCAAGUGAAGCAGAAGCUGGAGCAGAUGUCUCGGUUGCAGGGCGUGCGUCUCCACACGGCCCACGUGCUCUGCAUGGACGCCAUCCUCAACGUGGGCCUGGAGAUGGGCAGCCACAACCAGGACUGCUGGCCGCACGUCUUCAGGGUGGUGGAGUAUGUCAGCUCUCUGGAGCACAGCCACUUCAGCGACAGCACCCGGAGCCAGCCUCACCUGGCUAUCACGCAGGCCCAGCAGGCCGUGGAGCUGGAGUCUGAGGAGGGGGGCGAGGGUGGCGAGGCUGGCCCCGAGGGAGGGGAGCUCCACAUGGGCCUCAGCCAGCCUGUCAUCCAGCCCCCCUCCAUCCCAGAGCUGCUGAAGGAGGGCGGCCGCUUGGGGAAGGGCCUGGGCAGUGGCAGUCUGCUCACCGGCUCCAGCGCGGGCAAAGCUCUGUGUAUACUCUCCACACAGGCUGACAGGUUGUUUGAUGAGGCGGCCAGUAAGCUGAACCUGGUGGGCCUGGUGGGGUUCCUCCACCAGCUGCGGAAGGCCUCCCAGUCUCAGCUCUUUGACUCGGUCACAGAGACCGGAGACUACUCCCUGGCCAUGCCAGGUGAGGCCAAGUCCACCCAGGAGCGGCGUAGUGCUCUGCACCUGUACCGUCUGGGUGAGGCCAUGCUGCGGAUCCUGAGGAACAAGGCCCGCCCCCUGCUGCACAUGAUGAGGGCAUGGAGUGUGGUGGCCCCCCACCUAGUAGAGGCCGCGUGCCACAAGGAGCGCCACGUAUCCCAGAAGGCCGUGUCCUUCAUCCACGACGUGCUGAUGGAGGUGCUGACCAGCUGGGCCGAGCUGCCGCACUUCCACUUCAACGAGGCGCUCUUCCGGCCCUUUGAGCACAUCAUGCAGCUGGAGCUGUGUGACGAGGACGUGCAGGACCAGGUGGUGACGUCUAUUGGGGAGCUGGUGGAGAUGUGCUCCCCCCAGAUCCAGUCAGGUUGGAGGCCACUCUUCAGCGCUCUGAGAACAGUCCACGGGGGCAAGACCGACACCAAGAACUACCUGAUUGGGGAGUACUCCAUGGGGAAAUCCCAGGCCCCAGUCUUUGAUGUCUUUGAAGCUUUCAUAAACACUGACAACAUUCAAGUGUUUGCCAACGCUGCAACGGACUACAUCAUGUGCCUUAUGAAGUUUGUCAAGGGAUUGGGGGAGGUGGACUAUAAGGAGAUUGGCGACUGUGUGCAUGUGAUGGGAUACAGCUCGACUGACCUGUGCCUCCCUGCACUGGACUACCUGAGGAGAUGCUCAGAGCUGCUUGCCAACAUCUACAAGAUGCCUUGUAAGCCGGUCUUCCUGGGGGCGCGGCUGGCCAGCCUUCCCAUGAGGGUGCAGGAACGCUCCGUCAGCAGUGACGACGGCAUGGACUGCGUCCUGGCCGAGUUUGACGAUGACACAGGGCUGAUUCAAGUGUGGAUCCUUUUGUUGGAGCAGCUGACAGCAGCUGUGUCCAACUGCCCGCGGCAACACCAGCCACCAACCCUGGAACUGCUGUUCAAGCUGCUGAGAGAGAUCACCAAGAUACCAGGUCCAGGCUUUGCCAUAUUUGCCGUCAUCCAGCUUCUCCUGCCGGUGUUGUCUCUGUGGCUGCAGCGGAGCCAUGGCGACCAUUCCUACUGGGACAUAGCGGCGGCCAACUUCAAGCAUGCCAUCGGGCUCUCCUGCGAACUGGUCGUGGAGCACAUCCAGAACUUCAUCCACUCAGAUAUUGGUUAUGAGAAUCUGAUCAACCUGAUGCUGAAGGACCUGUUUAAACUGCUGGUUUCCUGUGUGGCUGAGCCAGCUGAGACCAUCUCCCGAGUCGGCUGCUCCUGCAUCAGGUAUGUGCUGGUGACGGCUGGACCUGUGUUCACUGAGGAGAUGUGGCGACUGGCUUGCUGUGCGCUGCAGGAUGCCUUCUCUGCCACCCUGGAGCCUGUCAAGAACCUCCUGGCGUGCUUCCACAGCGGCUCGGAUAGCUUCUCAGGUGACGCGUGCGAGGUGAAGGUGGCGGCGCCGUCCCUCUCUCCUUCUGCCGAGGCGGAGUACUGGAGGAUCCGCGCCAUGGCCCAGCAGGUCUUCAUGCUUGAUACUCAGUGUUCACCUAAAACGCCUAGCAACAAGGAGGGAUUUGAGCAUGCCCAGUCCUGCGUACUGAUUAUAGAACUUCCUCCAGACCAACACUCUAACGGUCACACACAGAAGAGAAUACCCUUUAGGACCAUUGUGGUGAGCCUGCUGUCUCACCAGGUUCUUCUGCAGAACCUGUACGACAUCCUGCUGGAGGAAUUCGUCAAGGGCUCCAGUUCCAGCAGUUCUGGAGGAGGGGAUGGUCAGGACCGCACCACCACCACCACCACCACCACCACGCCCGUCUCCGAGCAGCAGCGGCCCGCCGGGUUCCUGCGGUACAUCUCCAUGCAGAACCUGGCCAUCAUCUUCGACCUGCUGCUGGACUCCUACCAGACGGCCCGGGACUUUGACACGCGGCCGGGGCUCAAGUACCUACUGAUGAAGGUGUCUGGGGUCGGCGGGGCGGCCAACCUUUACCGCCAGUCGGCCAUGAGCUUCAACAUAUACUUUCAGGCGCUGCUGUGCGCUACACUGGCCAACCAGGAGAACAUCACUGUGGAGCAGGUGAAAAGGAUCCUGGGAGAGGAAGACGAGGGCAGCUCCGACUCAUCCCAACCCUGCUCCUCAGAGGAUGAAGACAUCUUUGAGGAAACAGCACAGGUGAGCCCUCCGCGGGGUAAGGACAAGCGUCAGUGGCGCGCCACCCUCCCGUCACUGAGCUCGCAGCCGGCCAGCGGUGUGGACUGGGCCUGGCUGGUCAAGCGGCUCCACAAGCUGUGCAUGGACCUCUGCAACAACUACAUCCAGAUGCACCUGGACCUGGAGAGCAGCCUGCUGGGCUCCGCAGGAGGGGAGGAGCACACUCCGGGACACCGCUCCGCAGGGAACGACCCACUCUUCUUCGUGCCACUCUUCCCCUCUGAGAGUUCCACGCCCACCCCGUCCACGGCGGGGGGGCCCUCGGGCAGAGACACUCCGUCCGAGGAAGGUUUCCGCUGCCAUCCUCCGUCUGGAGAGACGCAGAGAGAAGAGCCUACUGUGCUGCAGACGCCGACGCCACCACACCCACAUCCGACACCACCACCCUCCGCAGGCAUCUACGGCGGCAGCCUGCCCCACCUCCGAGGGGGGGAGCAAGGAGGGGGCGCCCCGCGAGAGCACAGUGACUCGACUGGACGCAAGAAGGAGUGGUGGGAGAGUGCGGGCAACAAGCUGUACACCAUCGCCACCGACCGCACCAUCACCAAGUUCAUGAUCGAGUACAAGCGUCGCAAGCAGCAGCAGCAGCAGCAUCCGCAGAGCCACCCGCUGUCCCACGCGCACGCGGCCUUCACUGCCAGGGAAGCCAAGCCCGGGGACCGGUGGAGCGAGCUGGCCGGAGGCGGCGUCGGCGGUGGCGAGUCGCCCGGCGGGCUGCAGAGGCCCCAGCAGCUGGUGGACCAGCAUCAGGGCCCCAUGAGGCACUCGUUCAGCGCGGGGCCCGAGCUCCUCCGGCAGGAGAAGAGGCCCCGCUCCGGCUCCAUGGCCAGCUCGCACAACAUCUCCCUCAGGGACGCUGAGGCCCAGAUACAGGCUUGGACCAACAUGGUGCUGACGGUCUUGAACCAGAUCCAGCUGCUGCCCGACCCCACUUUCAUCGGCCUUCAAGCCGCCGUCUUCCCCUGCAUCAGUCAGCUGACGUGUCACGUGACGGAUCCUAAGGUGCGACAGGCGGUCCGCGAGUGGGUGACUCGGGUGGGCCGGGUUUACGACAUUGUCCUAUAAAUAAGGAAACCUGGGGAAAUGGUUGCUCAAAUGUUGCUGCCUUGUUUAAAGGAACGCACCACCAUUUGCGGAAAUAUGCGGUUACUGGUCCAUUCGUACUCAUGUUUGGUUAACUAUGUGGGUAAUUCUGUUUAUACGUGCUAACCCUCGACAUGUUAUCAUUGGUUAGCAGGUGUGAAACAUUCACACAUAUCCGUAACCUUCUCAGACAUGGGGUAUGAAUGGGGCUUCCGGCUGAGACCUGGGAAAACAUGUUGAUGCCUUGUUUAAAGCAACACACGCACCAUUUGUUGAAAUGGGCUCAUUGGACACCCCCCUCAAGUUGACCAACGUCGUUUUUUUCAAUUCACCUUUUCAUCCAGCCUGUCUGGGAAUGUAAUACCUGUAGCUCCAAGCUAGCAUGUACGUAUCACUGAUCCAGAAGAUUGGACCACUUACCCGUAAGCAUCUUUCCACAAAAGGUGGUGUGUUUUUUUCUUUAAUAUAUUCCUGAAGGUCAUUUGAAGGUUAUAUGAGGCCAUUCAGAGUAUUUUACUACUGUGUACCUGUUGCGAAGGGAGAAAGCAAAGUUAUUGUCUUUUUUGUGUUGUUAUUAGCCUUCUUGUGUUAUUACUCCUCUUUGAUGCUCUAUAUGUAGCGGUGUGAUUUUCUUUUUCUCUUUUGCAUAUUUAUUUGCACUUCAAUCAAAUCACUGAAAUUAACCUGUGUGUCUAUUUAUAUUUAUUUAUUAUUUAUUGUAUGCAUCCUGGUGGGCUUACGGUUUUGUUGUUUUAUGUCUGUACACAUAUUGUGUUUAAGUUAUUUGAAUGGCUUAUGUAUUUAUGAUAUACAGUAUAGACUAUAUACAGUGUAUGUUAUAUUUUAAUGAUGACUGAAUGUUUUUGUCUGACAUUUGCAUAUAAGGUAGUAUAGUGCCAUACAGUAUGCUGUAAGACACCCUUCAUUCCAUUUCUGGUCUCAUAUUUGUCUGAGGUUCUUGGCAAGUCAUUUGUUUGGUGUGGUUGCGUGUGCAAGCAUGCUGUAAGAGGUGGCUUGUGCUGUAUGCUUUCUUAUGCUAAUAUAAAAACUAUAUAAUAUAAUACUGUCAGAAACUUAAGAGCUGUUGAAUUUCCAGCUUUUUACAUUCAUUUGCCCCGGAAAUAGCUUUAUGCAGUGUUUACACUGAAUCACAUUUAUUUUUUGGGUCGCUUGAAAUCACACAGCCAGUGCACACACAUGGACUCUGGUAUUGCCUAAAGCAACCCAAAACGCCCGUCUUUUGUUGUUUUUUUAUGGAUGGUUAACUGACAUGGCUAUCAGAAUGAAGCACUUGCGACUGCUGAGAAAUAGUUGUGUUGGCUUGCUGCACUGAUUCUACUGAUGGAGUCCCUCCAACAGAGUUGUUGUUUUUGUUAACAUAAAGUAUAUUUGGUUAAACUUCA